CUGAAUCCCUUGCUUGUGCUUAUCGUUCUGUUUCCAUUCUUCCCUGCUGAAGUGACAGGGUUCUUCUACAACUUUCUAGCAUCUAUCAAAUCAGACAGGAAUAAUAAAGAACAUAAGAAUCGAGUGGAUUUCAUGCAGUUGAUGGUGGACUCUCAAAGUUCAAAGAACAAAGACGAUGCAAGCUCCAACAAAGGACUGACUGAUCAUGAGAUCCUGUCCCAGGCAAUGAUAUUCAUCUUUGCUGGCUAUGAAACCAGUAGCAGCACACUUGGAUUUGUAGCCUACACCCUGGCAACACCUUACCAGAAAAGAUUCCAAUGGAGCUGGGAGUUGAUGAAUUUACAACCCCCAAGAAUCCCAUCAAACUGAAGCUGGUGCCCAGAACAACCGUUGCCGAUUCUCCCUCAAGCUAACUAUUCGAUUAUCUAUCUAUA